UUUUCUACUACCAGCAGCCUGCCUCUCUCUUCCAGUACCGACUGCAUCUGGGGAAAAGAUUUAGCUUCAUUUCUUUUUUUAUCACGAGAUCAAUUGGAUAUACAAAUAGAUAUGAUUUUUUAAAAGCUCCAUCGUUGAGCAAUUGUUUAACUAUUGAUGAAAAUAAUGCGAUGUGAAGUUUGCUAAGAACAAAAUGACUAACAGCGCUACAGCGCCUGAACUCAUCACGGAGGUGGGUGAUGGUGAACCUGAGCUCCACACCACAAACCCCUCGUCCUCCAUGUUUCCCGAAACUCCAGAUGAACUCUGCAAACUCCCUGGAAGAUUACGUAUUAACCCAUCUCUGUGGGAUAAAGAUGAUGUUAAUUUGUGGCUGCGGUGGGCUCAGAAGGAAUACGCCCUGCGCCGUGCCGAUCACGAGAAGUUCGAGAUGAACGGAAAAGCGCUGUGUCUCCUCACCAAGGAGGAUUUCCGUCUGCGCUGUCCCAGUUCAGGUGACGUCCUGUAUGAACUCCUACAGCACGUGAAGCAGCAGAGACGCUGUCCAACACACACAACACCCGGCUCCCUCGGGACCGCAGGUUUGUGCAGUGCCGCUAACAGAUCUGUGCCUGUGUGUUCAGUGAAUCCACACACUCGAACCUUAACAACCACAAGUCCAGAAAUGAGACAAAACUCCCAGGUUGAGCAGUACAGCCUUCCACAAACGCACACAGAAACUCUGUGUGUUAAUGAAGAAAGGAAAUCGCAGCUGUCUCCAGUCCUGGCUGCCCAUCCUAAUGUCUUCAGCAGGACAGAUGAACCGCUCAACCUGUCCUACAAAACAGAAUCAUCCAGGAUCAAAACACCAAGCACUGAAGCCAACGGAAAAAUCGCAGAUUGCAGAUUAUUAUGGGAUUACGUAUACCAGCUGCUGUUGGACACCAGAUAUGAACCCUACAUCAAGUGGGAGGAUCGAGACUCUAUGAUCUUCAGAGUGGUGGACCCCAACGGACUCGCUCGCCUCUGGGGAAACCAUAAGAACCGGGCCAACAUGACCUACGAGAAAAUGUCUCGAGCGCUGCGCCAUUACUAUAAACUCAACAUCAUCAAAAAAGAAUCAGGACAGAGACUCCUCUUCAGAUUCCUGAAAACUCCUGAUGAGAUCAUUCAGAGCAGGUCCGAUCGCUCCGACCCUCCUGAGUCUCCCGACAGUCCCAUCUCUUCUGUUUACAAAGAGGGAACACUGGAGGUGUCGCCAUCCUCAAGCCCAGACCCUUCCAGUCCUGAAUCUCUUCACAUCCUCAGUGUAUCUCCACUGCCAUGACCACCACAAUACCCCAGUCUUCAUCACAAAAAAAAAAAAAAAAUCAUGCUUCAAAUCCCAACCCUGCUUGUCCCAGUUUCCACUCCAAAUGUCUUCAUGGCAACCAAACUGGCCUACUUCCUGCUUUCAUUUCAUUUCAACUUGAAACACCUGAGCAUCACCAAAUUACCUUAACUUUCCACCUGUAAAUAUCAGACUCUUCCUAUCAUCCUAUCACCCCAACUCCAUCACCCCAACUCUUAUCAUCAUCAUCAUCAUCAUGUUUUUUAUUGUUUUACAUUAAGCAUUAAAAUAUAUUUAGUUUUCUUGGUUAGAA